AUGUCUACCCAACGAUCUUCCGCGAUUGCAACGCACAAGGCGGGAAUAUUUGGUACGAAAACCAAUGCUUGGGAUGAAUUUGAACUACCUGAAAUGGUAUCAGAGAUACUCAAAGUACCCAUGUUUUCUGUCUCGUCAGAAUCAAUUGUGACUGUGCGCACACCACGACAGUUCUAUGGGCUUUUAAAAAACAAAAUCAUGCAAGCCAAAAGGCGCAUCUUUAUUUCAACUUUGUAUAUUGGGAGAGAGGAACGUGAACUUGCCAUUUAUCUUGGUCAAGCAUUAGCAAGGCAGCCCCAGCUUCAGCUUACAAUUCUCAUGGAUGCAAUGCGUGCAACACGCGAAAGCCCAUCGAGCGUGUCAAGCGCAUCUCUUCUGUCGCAUCUCGCAGCCAUGUUUCCAAAUCAAGUUGAUAUACGUUUGUAUGCCACGCCUGCAUUGCGUCCGAAAAGCCUCAAAGCGCGUCUUAUUGGAAAACGAUUCAAUGAAGGUCUCGGUCUACAGCACAUGAAAGUAUAUGGGUUCGACGAUGAUGUGAUUAUCAGUGGUGCCAAUCUAUCAAGAGAUUACUUUAUUCGGCGGAUGGAUCGCUACAUGCUUAUUCAAAACCAUGAGUCAAUUGCCAACUAUCUGCAUAGCCUUAUUCUGCUAAUUAGCAGGUUCAGCUACGAGUUGCAAUACAAAGGCGAUAAACAGCUGAUCAACUUCUGCAGAGAGCAUAUCUUUGACAUGGACGAUUUUUCCAAAGAACACAUGGCACUCAGUCAAAGCUCUUUUCACUUAGGCUGGGAUGGAGGGGAUGGUCUUCUUCUUUCGGAGGACACUGAUGGAACAAUCUCUGCAGCUGGUCUUUGGCCAUCAUCAGAAACUUUUCCAGAAAAAAAUUGGAAAGACGUGGCCUCUAAAACAUUGCGAGAUUUUACAAUUCGUUGGCAUGAACGAGUAAAAGCGGAACGAUCUCAUCGGAAUGGCGAUACAAGGUUGAUUCCACUUCUCCAGAUGGGGCAGCUUUCUAUCACUCAAGAAACAGACAUGAUACCCCUUUUAACUGACUAUCUAUCUGCACUUUGCUCACGAAUAAAGCCCAUGCAAACUAAUCUCGCAAGACCUUUUACAACCGUGGAUCUCACUUCAGGUUAUUUUACACUCUCAGGCACUUACAGAUCCCUAGUAUUGUCUGACAAGAUCCAUUCACUCGGCACGACCCCGAGUAGUGUACCGGUCGUGUUUCGUUUGGUUGCGGCGUCUCCUGAGGCUAAUGGCUUUUAUGGUAGUAAAGGACUGAGUAGCCGCAUUCCUGCUGCCUACACGUUUCUGGAAAAAGAAUUUUGGAAACAAGUAGUUGCGAAAAGUCUUCAUGAGCCUUUGAAGCCGGACGGUGGCUCAUCCAUCUUUGAUUUAACGGAUCCAGUUUCUCAGGGCUCCCUAGCACCAGUGGAAUUGCGGGAAUGGAGCAAGUAUGGGUGGACGUACCACCAGAAGGGCAUUUGGAUCUCUUUACCGUCACACAACAAUCAGGCUCUCCAGCCUAGUACAACACUUAUUGGCUCUUCUAAUUUUGGGUCGCGUUCAGAAAAACUUGAUUUGGAAUGCACUUUGUUUAUGACGACCAAAGCUACGCCUUUAAAGGCUGUGCUUGCAGAAGAAGUCUUAGAAAUGCGCGAGUGUGCUCGCGAACUUAUGAACUCAAAAACUUUUGAUUCCCCCGAAAGAAAAGUCGAUAUCGUCACACGAUUCCUGACCAAACUUGUGAAGUACAUGCUUUGA